CCUCAUUGAGCCUCAGAUUGUCCAUGAGGUUAGUAUUAUACCUUCCUGACAGGGUGGCUAAGGGGAUUAAGUGAAACAAUUUAUGUAACGCUUGGCAUAAUGUCUGGAGCACGGAAAUAACUCUUCAUUUUCCCCGCCUCUGGCCUGAUAUCACAGUCUUCAGAAAAAGAGGAUCUGCAUCUGGAAAUCAGAAUAAAACAAGCAGGCUGCACCCUGAGAGGCCGUCCUCAGUUGCUGGGAGCCCUUGUGCCGGGCCUUCUCUCCUUGUUGCCUUCCAGAAACAAGCUGCCGUCUGGGAGGCAGAAGGUAAGAUCAGGAGAAGCCCAGCCUGAGUUCCAAGGCUGAGGCCCCUGCAGAAGCUGCAGAGGUGGGUGGCAACCUUCUGGCUGCCCUGCCCCUACCCUCUGAACUGUAGUUUUCAGCUUUGCUGACUAAGGUCCUUCUUGGGGUGGAUUGUGGGGAGAGGGAAGCCCCAGUCCCCAAGGGUCCCCAGGUGGGUGGUACCUCACGGGACACUUUCAGGUCUAGGUCUGGGGUAGUUGCUGUCUUCUUUCUUUGCUACACCUGUGGUCUCACUGGGCUUGGGUGGGGUGUGUAUGUGGAGCGCAUGCAUUUCUUUCUCCACCUGCUCUGUUUUCAACAAAUCUCUCUUGGAUCGGAGCUCUGGGAUGCUGUAUGCCCAGCCUGUCCCCUCGAGGCGCCUCCAAGAGCAGCCUCUGGGUAUGGCUGGGCACCAGGGAAACAUAGAGCUGGGGCAAGUGCCCAGCCAGAGCCUCAGUCCCAGAACAAUAGGAGAGUGAGGGGAACACAACCAUGGAUUUCUUGAUAUCCACAGAUGCCCCACUCCAGUCUGCAUCCAUCCAUCCCACGGCCCAGGGGUCACAGGGCCCAGAAAGCAGCCUUGGUCCUGCUAGGUGCCUGCCUGGUGGCCCUCUGGGGGCUGGGGGAGCUGCCAGACUACACUCUGCAGUGGCUGGUGCUCCACCUGGCCUCCCAGCAGAUGGGGCUGCUGAUCAAGGGGGUCUGCAAUCUGGUCGAGGAGCUGAGCCACGUCCAUUCCAGGGCCUGGCCCAAGCAGAGAUCUCUGCAAUCUGUGAAAAAAGGAACUUCAAUGUGGCUCAUGGGCUGGCCUGGUCAUAUUAUAUUGGGUACCUGCGGCUGAUCCUCCCAGGGCUCCAGGCCCGGAUCCAAAUUUACAAUCAGUUCCACAACAAUGUGCUACGGGGCGCAGGAAGCCAACGGCUGCACAUCCUCUUCCCGUUGGACUGUGGGGUGCCUGACGACCUGAGCAUGGCUGACCCUAACAUUCGAUUCCUACACAAGCUGCCCCAGCAAAGUGCUGACCGUGCUGGCAUCAAGGGCCGGGUUUACACCAACAGCAUCUAUGAGAUUCUGGAGAAUGGGCAGCCGGCAGGCAUCUGUAUCCUGGAAUAUGCCACCCCCUUGCAGACCCUGUUUGCCAUGUCACAGGAUGGCCGAGCUGGCUUUAGCCGGGAGGACCGGCUUGAACAGGCCAAACUCUUCUGCCGGACACUUGAAGACAUUCUGGCAGCUGUCCCUGAGUCUCAGGACAACUGCCACCUCAUUGUCUACCAGGAACCGGCAGAGGGAAGCAGCUUCUCCUUGUCACAGGAGAUUCUCCAGCACCUUCGGCAGGAGGAAAGGGAGGUUACCAUGGGCAGCAUGGGGACCUCGGUGAUGCCCGUUUCCUCCACACUGUCCCAAGAGCCUGAGCUCCUCAUCAGUGGCAUGGAACAGCCUCUCCCGCUCCGCUCGGAUAUCUUCUGAGGCCCAGGGUCACCUUCCCUGAGCCCCUGGCCAUCCCCAAGACUCUGGAUUGGAGGAUUUCUUUCUUCAGCAGCUAGAGGCCUAGCAGAGCCAUUUCCUCCCAUAGAGGGCCUCUCAGAGAAGGUCCCUGAGUUUGACAUCUCAAGAUGAAUCCUAUGACCUUGGGCAAGUUGUUUCACCUCUCUGAGCCUCAGUGUCCUCAUCUAUGAAAUGGGAUUAUAAUCAUUGCCCUACCUACCUCACAGGGUAGUUUUUGUGAGGACUAUGGCUGUAUGGGUUUUUUGUAAACUCUAAAUGCCAGGUAAACUUAAAGGAUCUU